AUGUGGCAGGUAUUUUCAUAUUGGAUGAUUCCAACGGCCUCAGCUAUCAUCUGGUUUACUACACUCAAUGCCCUGCUCGGAGCCUUUAUCGUCUUUCCCCCUCACGAUCCUCUUAACUCUACUUUACCAGCCCGACCACCUUAUCCAUCAAUGUCUUCCCAAUUUCAUUCAGUGCCAUACGUAUCAGACAUCGGAGCUACCAAAGAAAUGCAGCCAAUAUUUGUCAUAGGUUGUGUCCUGACCACUUUCUUGCUCGCAGGAUGUUUUGUUGCAGAACGCGCACUUCGUCAUAAAGGUCGUCUUGCGAGGAAUACAGAUAAUACAGAGAGAGUAGUGGCUUAUCUGAGCAUUGUGUCGGCUGUGGUUGGAUCCAUGGGCUUGACCUUUCUGAGCAUAUUCGAUGUUUUCAGGUAUAGGACUAUACACAACACAAUGGUGGGGUUAUUCAUUUCUGGAUAUGCUAUUAGUGCGUUUUUCCAAUUUUUGGAACAUUAUCGUAUGGGAUGUAAAUAUCGAAACACGCAUGCGAACCUGAUGGUUUCAGCUUACACGAAACUCGUUUUUAUAGCUCUGGAAGGUAUUCUCGGUAUAGCAUACUGGUAUGUCGUUAUAGCAAAGAACUGGGAUGCGGGUGCUGCUAUCGAAUGGGCCGUGUCCUACGUCUUCUGUUUUUACAUCCUUUCGUAUCUUUUUGAUUUCCUCCCGGCAUUGACUACGAAAGAGAAGGACUGUAGAUUUGGGGUCUAUACCGAAGAAUGUAUGGUUCAGGUUAAUGGUCGCAGGAAGCAAGCUGUUGUACAGGAGUUCAGGGGAGUUGCACCAGGAUGA